GCAAACACAUGUGACACAUUGCUUACCUCCCACUGCGACGGUUUGAAUGUAUACCAUUUAAACCUGUUCAUACACCCUCUGAUAAAGCAUUCACUCUCGAGCUCCUGAGCUGAUAACCAGUAAAGUGGCAAAGGAUAGCAAAGGAUCAACAGAAUGAAGGCCCUAGCAUGUCUCCGCCGACAUGCGUUGCUAUUAGCAACACUCGUCUCUGUGGUUCUGGGAUUUACGAUCGGACUACUAUGCCGUCAGCUGAAUCCUUCCCCAGACGUCGUCAUCCUCAUCUCAUUUCCUGGGGAGAUGUUUCUGCGGAUGUUGAAGAUGAUGAUUUUGCCUCUGGUAGUUUCCAGCAUCAUAACUGGUCUUGCUAACCUUAACAGCAAGUCAGCCGGGAAGAUUGGUUUGUAUACCAUUGUCUACUACAUCGGUACUACAGUAUUGGCAACAAUCAUUGGCCUCAUCCUCGUUCUCACCAUUAGACCAGGUCACUUUUACAACAACAAUGUCGUGGAUGUCAGGUCAUCAGGAGGUGCCCCUUCAGCUUCAGCUAGAGACGUGUUCCUGGAUUUAGUCAGGAACGUUUUCCCUGAAAAUGUUGUUCAGGCAAGCUUUCAGACAAGUGGUACUGUUUAUGUACAGAAGCAUACAGGAGUAUCUCUACAAGAUAAUUCUACAGCUACACAUAAUUCAAGUUUGAAUGAGACAUCAUCAAUUCAAACAAGUGAAGGCAUAUGGGCUCCAAAGUCUGUCUACAGAUCAGGAAUGAACACGAUAGGAAUAAUAUGCUACUUCGUGUUCUUUGGUGUAAUCCUGGGUCGCCUUGGGAAAAAGGGAAAAGUGGUGCUGCGUUUCUUCACUGUUGUUAAUGACAUUACCAUUAGGAUGGUACUAAUACUUUUGUGGUAUUCUCCAAUCGGGAUUAUGUUCCUGAUUAUGGGGAAUAUACUUUCAGUCAAGAACCUCACUGCCACUGCCAAGCAGCUUGCCAUCUACAUAGUAACAACUUUGACUGGUCUUGGAAUCCACGUCCUAAUAGUCCUUCCACUGCUGCAGCUUGCUUUGACGAGGAAGAAUCCUUACAAAAUCGUCAAAGGAAUACCACAGGCCGUUUUAACGGUUCUUGCAACUGCUUCUAGCUCUGCAACCUUACCUAUUACUAUUCGAUGUUGCGAAGAGAACUUGAAGAUUAACACUGCCAUCACUCGUUUUGUGCUGCCGAUAGGGGCAACCAUCAACAUGGACGGUACCGCCAUCUUCCAAGUCAUCUCUGCCGUGUAUAUUGCCCAGAUACGUAGAAUACCUCUACACUUCAUCGAAAUCAUUGUAUUAAGUUUAUGCACAGUGUUGGGCAGUGUGGGUGUGGCUGGAGUGCCCAACUCGGCUAUAAUGGUAUUGAUGGUGAUCCUGUCAUCUGUAGGUCUUCCUGUAGAAGACAUCUCCAUCUUGCUGGCAGUCGACUGGUUCCUGGCUCGAAUGCAGGGUAUGGUGAAUAUAACGGGUGACUGUUUUGCAGCUUCUAUGCUAGAUCACUUCUUCCCAUACACCCCCGUUGGUCAAACAGACGUCGAUGAUUCCAUGCCCUCUGAAGACGAAGAGGAAACCGUGAAAGCGGAUACAGACGUAUAAGAUGGGCAACUCCGAGAUCAAGUAGUUUGUAUAAAAUAAAAGUUUAAAAUACUGUGCAUUACACUUGUAAAUAUAGGCCUAAGAGCAGAACAUAUAGAUUUCAUAGGCAUGUAAUGCCAGACGUUCGAAUUGCGUUCGGAUGAUCAAUGAGCGCUCUGUCACCUAAAUAAUGUAUAGUGUGAUUAUUAUCAUUAUUUUCCAAAUGUUGAGAAGCAUUGAUGUAUCACCUAGACUUGUGUUGAUGAGAGCAGUGAAGUGGGUCAAAAACAUUUCACUACAUUGGGACUAACUAUUAAUAAGAUUAAACGGAUUUAAAAUAGCCAAGAGAAAGAUAUUUUGAAGUAUAUGAAGUGUCACAUUUUUAAUAACAUUAAAAACUUGUCGUUGUACUACUUCGUUGUGCAGCUACAUUCAUAGCUGUGAUUAAUAGUUUGUCGGAACUCUAUUUUUCUGGUUGUAUCGUGUUUUCAUUAAAAACAGGAUAAGAGUUCAUUAGAAAUUCAGAAACCAAUCAGAAACGUGUUCCCACGGUGCCAUUGGGAGAAGUCCAUCAACCUCAGUACAGGAAAUGGCGUUGUGUGUUCACAUGUACUUCCACACCUGCGUAAACACCUUAAGAUCUUAAGAGUGCUACACAGCAUGUACCGUGACGUCAACAUAAAUGACAUUGUUGGGAGCUGCCAAAAGUAACACACAUACCGUGAGCUUAUGACUGUUUGGGUUAUUCUCACAUUUUCAAAGAAUCUACUGCUGGUUUGAUUGUGUGGCUAUAUUGGCUAUGGCAGCAUCAUAGCUGGUUGAGGGAGGAAAUUGCGUUAUGACGUAUAAAACUCAUUCACAAUA